AUGGGCGCGGACGGCGACGACGGCGACGGUCGUCGUCCGUCGUCGGUCGAGCUCGUCCCCGCGCGCGACGCGGAGGACGCGUCCGGAGAUGAGGACGAGGAGUCCGCGCCGCUGGUGCCGACGCGCGGCGGCGGCGGCGGCGGCGGCGACGGCGACGGCGACGGCGACGGCGUCCCGGAAGAAGCGCGAGGAUCUCUGUCCCCGCGCGCGCGAGGCAUGGCCAUCUACCUCCUCGGCGUCUUCUUCGCCUCGCUCACGGCUCUGUCCGUGCGUCUCAUGCACGACGCCGGCGUCCCCGUGGACGUCGUCCUCCUCCUCCGCGCGAUCGCCGGCCUCGCGCUCUGCGCGCUCGGGCUCCGCGCGAGAGCCGUGGAGCAUCCCCUCGGACGCCGUCGCGGCGUCCUCGUCGCGCGCGGCGUCGUCGGCAUGGCCGCGAUCUACUGCUUCUUCGCGACGGCGGCGUACCUGCCCCUCGCGGACGCGUCCGUGCCGUCGUUCGUCUCGCCGCUCGUGACGACCAUCGGCGCGGCCGCGGUGUUGAGAGAGAGGGUGCCCGCGAUCGUGUGGGCGGCGUUUCCGGUGUGCGGCGUCGGCGCGCUCCUCGUGAUCCAGCCGUCGUUCUUGUUCGGCUCCGACGCUCGCUCUCUGCGCGCCGUGGGCGUCGGAUUCGGUGCGGCGCAGGCGCUGUUCGGCGGCGCGUCGAAGCUGUUCAUACGCGUGUUAUCCGGCGGGUUGAACGCUCGCGGCGGGGGAACGCAUUCGCAUUCGCAAUCGCGUUCGCGUUCGGAGGCGUUCGCCGCGGCUGCGCCUGGGAACAUCCAGAAAGAGCACCCGCUGACGAUCAUGCUCUACACGAACGCGGUGUGCCUCGUCGGGAUGUCGCUGCUCGUGAUGACGACCCCGUCCGCGCCGCAUAUCCAUAAAAGCACGGCGACCGGCGCGUACCUCAUGUUUUUAUGGAUCUCGUGCACGCUGACCGGAUUCGGAGGACAGCUGUGCGUCACCGCCGCGUUGGGUCUGACGUCCGCGUCGAGCGUCAUGCCGAUGCACUACACGUCCGCGGUGUACGCCGCGGGCGCGGGGUACUUCAUCUUAGGAGAGACGAUCGGGUGGACGGAAGGGUUCGGGAUCGCGCUGGUGAUGGCCGGGUCGUUCGCGGCGUCCGCGGCGGCGUACCGCGAGGGCGAAGAAGAAAAAAAGAAAACGGCGGCGGCGGCGGCGGUCAAGUGA